UAGGGGAGGGUUUGCAGUCUGUCGCUGUUGUUUCGUCAUCAGUUAGUGACGAGGUUGAAGUUCAACAUUUUAGUUUCCUGUAACAUGGUAUACGUGUGUUAACCUGAGAUCAUUUUAAGAAAGUCGAUAGCCUACAAAUUGUCAAAUCUAAAUCAUGGUACUACUGGAAAACGACUCGUUUUUGACAGAACUUACACGGCUGUUUCAGAAGUGCAGAACCACUGGAAGUGUUUACAUCACACUAAAGAAAUAUGAUGGUAGAACAAAACCUGUUCCCCGAAAAGGAAACGCAGAGACCUUUGAUCCCGUGGACAACAAGUGCCUCCUCAGAGCAACAGAUGGAAAGAAGAAGAUUAGCACAGUUGUUAGCUCCAAAGAAGUAAUAAAAUUCCAGAUGGCUUACUCAAACCUGUUAAGAGCUCACAUGGACGGUCUGAAGAAGAAAGACAAAAAGAGCAAAACCAAGAAGACGAAGGCGACCCAGUGAUGAGGCAGACUGUUCUCUUCCUCAUUUCUGAACAGUUCAUCAAUGCUGACCCCCCCCCCCCCCUCUCAACCCCCUGGACAAUCCACCUGAGAUAUGAGAAGGGUCCAUAGAAACAAUAGCUCCAAACACCUCGCUGGAGAUAUGCUGGUGUUUUGACAAGGCUUAAACCUUGGAGUUGCUUGGUAAACCAUCUGCUAAGUUUUACAUUUUUGGUUGAUAUUAAUAAUCAUUUUUAAUGACUGAAUCAUAUUUUCAGUGUUUAGAGGUGCAUGGGAUUGCACUUCUCUUUUUUUUUUUUGGUUUAUUUUCAAACGUGAAAAGAGGGAAACAGCUCAGUACUAGUGUUGCUAUUGGUUCUUAACUUGUCAGAGCAAAAUCUACAUCAGAAUACAGUUUGGGAGUAAAGCUGUUUUAUUGUAUGUUACAAUAAACCUCAAAUCUGUACUUGAGAAACCAAGAAAAAAAAAGGCUGCAUCUUAAUUUAAACAUGACUGGCAAAAUGAACUUUAAAGGACAAUACUAAAAGUUUAAAAGCUGCAUACAAAUCUUAUUUAUUUUUUAUUCAUACACAGCACCUUGUCCAUUCUGUAGUACUCCUUGUAAUUAAUACCUACAAUAGCAUGGCUCCUAGAAAUAUCUUUAAAACUGGAGAUUACUGUAACAUCUCAGAUACAGGGGGAUUUACAAAAUGACUUGGUUACUUUGUAAUGCUGCUGUGGGAAAAGCAGAGGAAUGACAUUUGGAGGGUGGUUACACCAAAUGACCGUUUGGAAGGGUUAAAUAACAUUUGCUAUAACAUGAAGAAUGGUGUAAUGAUCCGUUUCCAUAUGGAGACAGUUAUUGAAGAACAGCAUGCUUUGCAUCUUUAAAAACUGUACAACAGUCUUUAUUAACAGCUUACUAAGAAUUAUGACCUGGCAUGUCAUAGCUGCUUUAAGGAAGGGCUUUUUGUUUUGUUAGAUUAUUUUGAAAGGAAAAAAAAAAUACUUUUCAGUCGUCUUAAAAAUGCAUAGGUGACACCUAGCUGGUUAUAAAGGUGUUACAAAAUGCCAUUCUCAGCAUUAUCUUUUGGAAUCUCAAAAUAAACCUUUUAGUUGUCAAAUAAA